AGUCAGCCUUACGUACCGUCAGAAUCGGUACAGCGACGUAUAGUGUCACCGGCUCGUGUAUAUGUAAGCGACGUAAUUACUGGUGGCUCAUAGCUCACCCUUCCUUAUGCAAUGCCCGGUACCCGGCGGCUCUAAGUUGAAGAAAUUGACGCCCUUGGUAAAGGGCCCCGUGCCCGCUACCAAGCUUAUGUCCGGUGUCAUGAAAAUGAAGGACCUAGCGACGAAGAAACGCCACGGAAAAGGCUACAAUCCCUUCGACGACGACCACAAGAAGAAGAAGAAGAAAUGGGGAGACACUUCGUCCUCCUCUUCUUCGGGUUCCGGCAGGGGAAAGGGAGGCGCCUUUAUGAGGUUCCUUCGGCGAUUCUGCGGCUGUCUGUGUCCUCGGCCUAAGCAUCCCAUUCUCGCCAACCCCGUCGUCACGCACAGGAAGAUUUCGCGCGUGGCUUCAACCGAAUCGCUAGCGAAGGAAUCGUCAGGUGUGCUUGAGAAGCCCUUCUCCAAGGUCCACCACCACCAUCGCCCUCACCGUUCCUCGCCUAAGGGCUGCCAGGGGCCUCAGUCCAAUGCAGCCAAUCGCAUCAGUUCCUCCUUCGACAGCAAAAACCCCUUCGACAACUGUGACUCGGACGGAUCCAGCGAGAUGGUUUACAGAAAUGACAUGAUGCGGGAAAGAAAGGUCCAAAGCACCACCCAUGUCACUGCAGAUCCCUCCCUCCACAGCAAAACAAGAAACACCUCCUCCUCCAAGCCAAGUUGGCCUGUGUUGCCUCCUGUCCCCACCCCUCGAAGUCUCCCGUCCGUUCCAGCCAAUGGUUCCCAGGAAACCUGGUCUGCUUCCUCCAGCCCCAUGGUCACUCAGAAGUUCACCCACAACUUAGCCGAGAGCCCUAAUUUAGGGCGAACUACCAAGCGCCCUCGCCCGACCCAUCUAGCACUGUCUAUCCACCCCGCCCAAAGAAGGCGUUCCUCAACCCCUACGCCCUCUGGAGAUUCCCCUGCUAGCACGCCCUCAACCCCAAAAUUACACUCGGGAAGUUGGGCCCAUAUGAGAGCAAGUCUCACAAACUUGAUGAAGGUCGCGACCCACUCUCCGAAAUCUGGUCGGGCUCCUGCUUUUUAUGGUCAAGACGAAGUGGAACCCCUGAGCACGCAGCAGGAGGCGACGAAAGGACAAGAAGAGGACGUUCCUGAUGUCACCUGUCUCCGGCCAGCGAGUGGGGGCGUGAGCAACCCGGCUCGUGAAUGUUUCGGCUCAUUAACCGUGAGAGUGCUCUCAAAGCAGGGAAGAUGGGUCAAAGUGGUCAUUUUUGCGCUCUCUGGCCUACCAUGGGUGGGUGGCCCCGGUGGACUGAUGUUAGAGGUGGCCAUAGAACCUGGAGGUCGCCCACGGUGGCUCGUUUUACCUCACGCCCACGGCCCAAAUAUCAGCGUCACGUUGGAAGCCACGGUAAAAAUGCCAAGGGAUCUGAAGGGCAAGGGCAAGGGCUUGGUUAAAGUGGGCGUGUGGGUGUGUGGGCGGGUCUGGAGACACGCCGCCCUUGGCUACGCCCUCUUACAGCCUGUGGAGACUCCGUCACCUUCAAUUUUGCCUUUGCUCAACCACUUGGAGUUGUCGGAGAACCUAGGUCAAGUGGAAGUCAGCCUUCGGUGCGAUUACCCGGAUACCCUCGUGCCUUCAGGAACUGGGUCGUCCCAAGGCGAGGUCAGCCUUACUCUCGAAGUUCUCAAGGCUAAGAACCUAAGAGCGUUUCACCCUGGCAAACUCUCUAAAGCCAGACACUCGAGGAAAAAAGAGCAAGUAGAAGUCGUGUGUCGUCUAGGUCUGUGGGUGGAAGGUCAGCGCAUUGCUCGCGAGACUUCCACUCCUGUAAAACUACCUGUCACACAAGAUCCGGUUGUUAGGACACGCUGCGUAUUUACUCUUCCCAAAGACAACUUACAACAUGCAGCCAUUAUCAUCAAGGUGCUGUACACAUCAAAGUGGACGAAUGAAGAUGUCAUAGGACGAAUCCAAUUAGGACCUUUCCUCUACCUGGGCACGUCUCCCGAGCAACAAGCGUCACAGGACCCUCCCCCGGACUAUAACACUUCCAUCACGCUUUCGCACUGGGGUCUUGCCCUCAAAACUCAGGGAUCCGUUACAAUGUGGCAUCUCCUUCAGCAGUGACGGAUCCGCUUUUGGUUUCUGAAACUACUUCAGGUUUUUGUUUCCUGAAUGGUUAGAUGGUAUUGAAUGAGUGAAGGUUUUUAGUGGGAGUGUUUGGGUGCUGUCAACUCGGGCCUCUCAUGAAAAAUAGUUGUGCGUAACCAAUUGAUGUGGACGAAGAAUGGUUGAUGAUGGAUGUGAAUGAAUAGUGAAUGUAAAUGAAUAUUAGUUUAAAACCAAUGGAUGUAAAUGAGUAUUUAUUGUAGAUCAGUAUAAUAAUGGUUAAUAAACAUAAAGGAAAUAUGGUGGUUUACCAACGAUAAAUACACGUAAGUAGCUACAUUGAGCAAUGAUUAGUGGCUGCUGAUGAGCAACGUUUAAGGACGUUUAUUGUCGUGAUUGACAAGUAAUUGCCGAAAGACGUUUAUGUGAAUGGGCAAAUCUCCAUUGCAAGAAGAGGAAUAAUGCAUAUUGAAAAGCGUUCAUUAUCUUUGCCACUCCUGAUACGAUGGGGAAAAUGAUUAUGUGCGUUAAGAUGUGGCAUUAUUGAAUAAUCAUUUCACUGUUGAAAACUUGAAACUGUCUUCCCUUAGAUUAGGUUACGUUAGAUGCUUCCCGGAAACUCGGGAGCAUCUAACAUUUAAGAUGAAAACCGUAUCCAUGGAACCACAUAAAUUAGACAGAUGCAUAUUGUUUAGAUCGGUGUGCAUUUCAUUAGAAAAAAUUCAUGGUACAAUCAUGGUAUCAUUCAAUUUGCAAAACAGGAAGGUCUUUUAAAUAAGUUUGAAAAUGAAAGUGAUUUACAUAUAUUUUAUUUCAUGGUAGUAAAUGGUGCUUGUUUAUUUAUUAUUUCAAAAGCAAGUAUUGCUAUGUUUUAAUGUUUACUGGGUGUGGUAAAUACUGUAUGAUACAGGAGGAAGUUAAUAAUUUAUAAUAAUUUGUAUUUAUAAUAAUUUGUAUCCCGUAUUGUCGGCGAGUAUAUAAAACAAUUUGAAUACAACUUUGCAAAUCACCGUUACUGACUAAGGUUUUAGUAUUUUUCCUUGCCAUUAAAGCAUAUGGAUUCAGCGCUAGUAUUCCACAGAGAAGACUGUAACAUGUCAAACAGGUGAGUAGUUACUUAACUCACUGGCAAAUACUGGAAGUGUGUUUGGUAAACCUAAGGUGUUUUAAAAGUUCAUUUUACUCAUUUGUUUUUCAAGGCGAAUAUCCAGAAGGGUUAGCAUGAGUUUUGAUUACUUUUUGUAAGUUCCUAUGUAAAUGGAUGGGUUUAUUUAUAGUCCGCAUCCAAGUUGCGCUUGCGUCGUAUAUUUUGUUUCGUUACGUCGUCAACGGAAACGUUAGUUGCUUCUGUAAUAUUGUGGUUGUGUGUGUAGUGACAAGUUAAGGAUGAACGUUUGACAUUGCUCGUGGGCUCAUCUUUAUCCCUUUUACUUCUCAUCAGUUACAACUUUGUAAGUUUGACUAACUUUUUCCUUAAAUCAGAGGGGUUAACCCUUUUAUCCAGGCAUGGGAUUGGCUUGAGUGUUAAAUUAUGUAGUAGGCUAGAUCUUUUUUCUGCUUCAGUAAUUUCUCUACCUCUUAGGGUUAAUGUACUAUGUAGUACAAGGAGCAUAAUUAUCAUUGAUUUGCCAGAAUAACGUUUUUAUGGUGUGAUGAGACUAAUAUUGACAAACUAAUACAAAAAUAAAAAUGAAGCACCGGAGAAAACAAUGUCUCUAGGCUACAGACAACUUCUCUUACUGAUAUUUAGCCUGUGAGGUUGAGCCUAAUUUUCUUUGGGAAGUUUGUGAAUUCUGCCCAACCAACCACUCGCAUUUCUUUAGGCCUACCAAGUAGAUCUUAAUUACUAAACGCUAGAAGUCGAAGUAAGAUCUAACCAGAACGCCACCACACGGUAGGUAGGUUUAUUGUAAUAGCAGGUGUCCAUAAUUGUAAUGGAGACAGCUACUCGAAGAUAUAGUAGGCCUAGUAGCUAGCUAUUUAGGUGAUGGUCUAACAUAAGCUAAUAUAUUAGCCUAUGUGAAACGUAAUGUUGAAGGGUUUUAAACCUCUGGGGAUGGGGGACCAAGGGCCUGAUGUGGAUCUAUGGACUUUACAAAACCAAGAGAAAUGCUUUUCAUAGCCUUUCUUCCAUCCUAGCUAUAGACAAUGAUUUAACUUGUGUUGAAUAUACUAGCUUACUGAUACUACCCAACACAACCUUAGACACCGUGCCCUACCUAACCAGACUUGGUGUGCUGUCACUCUGGUCAUGGAGCUGCAACUUUGCACCCCACAGUAUUUGUCAUAUAUCAUGAACUGUGGUUACCUAAAUUUGUAUUUUUUUUUAUUUGGAACCGGUUCACAAUAUUGAAGUUGAUUACCAUAGUUGAGUCUCUUUAUUAUGCCCAAUACAAAAAGUAAGCCAAACUGGUAUUGUUAUACACUCACUCACACUCACUUAGACUUUCCUCAAGUUCGUUGUGUUUUGAUGUGCUUGAAGGUCCAUUAUGGUUAUGGAUGGAUAGUAUAUUUUGAAAUUUUAUUGAUAUUACAUCAGAAAAUGUGGUAUGUGGGGGGUUAGUGCUGUCAGCAUGCCUUGUGCAGUGCAAUGUGGGCAUUACUUAAGGAUAUGUAGCAUGCCUCUGCCUCUAGAUGCAACCCCUUUUGUUUACUUUGCUGUACAUCCUUUCAUAUUAUCUUUCUUACAUCUUACAUUUCACUCUUUCCAAACCAUUGAAUCUUAGUGCGGCUGUAUUAGUUUUUCGUUUGACGAGUGGGUUGCGUGCUCGCCUGCCAAUUCAGUAGUCCGAAGUUCGAUUCCUCGCCCUGCCAAUGUGGAAUCAAAGGACUUUAUUUCUGGUGAUUAGAAAUUAAUUUCUCGAUUAAUGUGGUUCCAAACUCACAAUAAGCUGUAGGUCAUAUUGCUAGGCAACCAGUUGCUUCUUAACCAAAUAAAACAUGUAAAAUCCUUUUUUCCAGCCCUAGGGUAGCUGUUGAUCAGCUCAGUGGUCUGGUUAAACUAAGAUGCACUUAACUUAGUGCAGCUGUGAGGUUUUCCUCAUGUUACACUUUUCAAACUUUUUACUGUCAGAUUCCAUAUCCGUGUUUUCUGAUGCUUAUUUAGGUAGCAAAUUAGUAAUGUUACAUAUUGGACCCCCUCUUAUAUCUUACAAAUAUAGGGCCCCAUGAUAGGUGUUUUUUUUGUUCUGUUUUUUUUUAAGGUCAUGGAAAACACAAAUUCUUUGAAAUACAGAGAUGUAUUCUUACAUCCCCAUGAUACUUCUGCAGAUUCUGAUUAAGGUAAGUCUUUUUGUUAUCAUUUUCAAAGUAACAUCAUGCAUUAUGUAAGGAUGUGUUCCGUCGAGGCGAAUGCACCCCCAAGUCAGUCAAGGACCUAGUGUUAGGUUAGAGUGCAACCAUAUCAAUAUUGACUUAUAGUAUCCUCCCUGGUAAAUAAGGACUCAGUGUCCUAGAUUAGGUUAGGUUAGAAUAAUUUUUGUAUUACAUUCCUACUGGUUUUGUACUGGGGUCAUCCGUAAUUGUAUAUAAGGAGGUCCAGUAUCUCAAAAGCUAAUUAUUUUAGAACACCAGAAACUUUCAAAACACACUUAAAACUUGAAACAAUCAUAUUUUCAACUGCAGAAUACCAUGGGGUAAAGCUAAGUUAUCCUUAAAUCUAAUCUAAACACAGGGAGUGGGUUUGCCUUCCAGAAGUUUCAUCCAUGAGCCAGUGCCGCCAUUCUUUUGGAUGGGUCAUUCAUAUUGGUAUAUUUUAUGCAUUUUCAAUUCAUAGAUUUGAAUGGUUGUUAUCAUUGAUGAUUUUCUUGUAACCUCUGUGCACAAAUAUAUGGGGUGUACCUUGGGGUAGCAUAUAGAACAGCAUGCAGUGACUACAUUUGUUGACCAAUCCUCCAAUCAACAAGUGGUUUAAAAUUUAAGAUGCACAGCAUGCCUUAAAACCUCCAAAUAUAGCAUUACUUGAUCAACUAUUCAGUCAGACACUUUGCUCUAUAUUUUAUUUUUUGUUUUUAAAUAAGACCCAUUAUUUGAAUUUACGUUAGAUGAAAGCCAUAGACCACUCUGUCCCUAGGUCUUAUUUUGGAAGCUAGAUGGCUUACUGAUUGCCAAGGAUACAGGUUACUGGCAGAUUAUUCAAAUACAUGCAUUAGUUUUGUCUUCCAUCUCAGCUGACCCAGAAUUAUCCUCAAAAGACACAUUUCUGUAUUGACACAGCCCCCCCCUAGGGGUUUCAGCUGUGGUGAAGCCUGCCCAGCCAAGUCAGGGCACAGCACUUUAGGGUAAGUUAGGUUAGGAUGCAUUCCUGUUCAAAUUAUGUCUGACUUUUUUUUUUAAACAAUUCAUGCUAUUAUGUUGGGUGGAAUACAGGAGGAAAAUAAUGCUACCCAGAUCAGGGCACAAUGCCCUAGGAUAGGUUAGGCAGAGGGAAGGGCAGAUAAGGAUAUAUCCCAGUUGAAAUAUACCUUUGAGGAUAGUUUAAUCUUGACUGAGAACAAAGCCAAAAUCAGUGCAUAUGUUUGAACGAUCUGGAGUAAGCAUAAUUACAGGUCAGUGUGUGUUCUUCCUUAUAGAUCAGUGGGCCAAGUGUCAUUUGCUCAAAACUUGAAGAGCAAUGAUAGCAAUGUCCUUCUUGUUUCUUUUGCAAAUAGCCUAAAUUUAAAAUACCUUAUCCAUUUCUUGUCAGAUAUCUUCUCCCAGUAGCACCUACCCUCCAUUCUGAAUUUGUUAUCGUAAUGUAUGUGUAAGAAAUGCACAAUGGAUGAAUUUUUGUCACAUUUAUUAGUCAUGUAAGAAUACGAGUAUGUAGACUUUCCCUCGCUUGUCCACUUAGUCAAUGCGGUGCCCUUUUUUUCCAAGCAUAGUAAAUAUGAAGAGGAUAAGAUAAAAAUAGUUACCUCAUAAAAAAUUUCCCAAUAUUGUAAAUGACCUUUGUAAGAAUGUUGCAAGUUAGUGUAGCAGAAACUACUUAAUUUUUUGGCUGAAAUGACCAUGAGCAGUCAGGCAGUGUGAAAGACUUUGUUAAAAAAAGGUUUUGUUUUUAUUCUUAACUUUGUUCCGAUUUUGUUUUGAAAAAUUUGGAGAUUUAUUGAAGUUAAAUUUGAGGUAACACCUGCAAAAUUGCCUACGUUUUAAUAGGCAAAAUUACAGGUGAUCCCCAUAAUAAGAAAGUCUUAAAACAUACAAUGUACUACAUAUUUUCAUCGUUGUGUGUUUUGAAAUUUUCUGACGUGGGUAGCUUAUUUUUUUUACCUUAGUAACAAAUUUUCAGUUAGAACUGCGUAACUUAAUACAAGGCUGACCUCAUAUCCUAGUGCACUGAAAUAGGUAACAAAUUUUUAGUUAGAGCUGUGUAACUUAGUACAAGGCUGACUUAAUAGGCUAGUGCACUGAAAUAGCAUAACCAAGGACAUGGCUGAUCAAAAUAGCCUUGCAUAGUUUGGUAGCAUACAAGUAAGGCAUCACUGGAUUGUGGUAGGCCUUAUUAAGAAUAUGAUAAGUAAAUGAGUUUGCCCAGUUACCUAGGCAGAUAAUGUUAAACAGCAGAAUUUAUUAAAAAUUACGUUGCUAUUAGACUUGCUUCCAAAAUAGGUCAAAUGCUCCAGUUUUAUACUGUUUGAGUUAGGCUAAUGCACUUGCAUUUAAUUAAAAGAAUAAAUACAUUGUUGUUUAAACCAUUCAUUAGUUACACUGUAUUGUAUUCCCAUGUAAAAUUGAAAUUGAACUGGCAUCACUCAUGUUUUCCAGAAGUACUGGUUCUAGCUUAUUCUCAAACUAAUCAAAAUGUUUUGAAAAGAAAUGCAGUAAAUCAAUUAAAUGUUUUCAGAUUUUAGGACUAAAUGAAAAGAGUCGCAUCAAUGUGUAAAUGGGUGUUAUGUUGACCAAAUACUUCCAACACACCAGAAUAAAUCCUCUACCUGGCUAUUUUGAUGUAUUUAUUGUUAUAAAUAGUUAGGCCAUAUACAUAAACCAUAUGUUUCCCCAAUGAUUGUCUUUUGUUUAAACAUUUUGAUUGUUAAUGUUGAUGCAGAAAUUUCAUUUGUCUUGCCUACCCCUAUAUCAAAUUAUUAGGCAGCCACAUUGGGCAAGUGGUGAAUUUGGGUCAUAGAAAACCAAAAGUAAGUUAAUUACAUAUACAAGAAUGGUAAAAUAUGCAAAAGUUAAAAGAGAAGCAAGUGGGAAAAUGUUGGGUUAGUAUGUGUGUUCUGCAACAAUCAUAAAAUAAUUAUGAAAAUAUGUUUAUGGUAAUUUCAGGAUUGCAUCCUAACCUAAACUAAACUAACCCUGGUCACCAGGUCCUGCCAGGUUUGGUAACCUCCUCCCAUUUACCAUAGCCGAAGUAUCCCAACCCAACCAGGGUUGCUAGGUCUUGUCUGGCUGGGUGGGGCAAAUCCUUGCACUCUCUUAUUGUUGCAUAUCCUGUACUUUGCAAAUUUUCUGCGUUAAGGGGAGAGUAGGACAUAUUAAGAACCUUUUUCUAAAAAAGUUCUAAAUGUGGCUGGAUAAGCCAGAAGUCUGACAUUUUGCAUUUGUGGAUACCUUCACCUGUAAUUAACUGAUUUACUUGAGGGUUAAAAUCACAUGAAUUUUGUAGGUUGGACAUUUUAUGACCACUUGGCCUUCACACGUGAUUCGUGUGGGAAUUGAAUACAUAUUGGUUGAUGAAAACAGAAGUGUGAGCACAUCCAAGAAUCUGACCUUGAGAAUUUGUGAAUUUUCAAUUUUAUAACCAUUACUAAAUUUGUCUUUAUCAACAAAAGCUAUGCAAGCAUCAUUUUAUGCUGUAUGUGCUUUGUCUCAGAUACAUGACAAAGCAGUCUCGUGUGAAUUUGCAAAUAUCUCUUUCAUCAAUAAUUUAGCUUACUGUUCCAUAAGAAAAAAAUACUAAAAUCAUCACUCUGUUAUUAGUAGCCUUUAUACCAUUGUUGGCAAGGAAUGAAGUUACCACAGUAUUGCUGCGGAUUGUUCAACAAGCAAUUCAGUGUUGUAUAGAUAAUCUUAUACCUCACGACUCCUGUAGUAGGUUUUCUGCUCUUGUUAAUGAGUCAGAAGCGUAGGAAGUAGGAUGUAGGCUAUAUGGAACUUGCUUAAACGGCAAACAGAUGAGAAACGACAUUCACUGUUAUAAUACUGAAAUGUAAUUGUUGUUUGUGAUUUCAAAGGGAAAUGUCGUAAACCAACCAUGGCCGGACAUUUAACCGACGAACAUUUGGCCCGUCAGCCGAACGGAUAUUUGGCCGAAAAUUUACAAGUGUGAAUAGUAACAAAAACCUUUUAUUGCCAACAAAUAACAUCAUAAAAUAAAGAAAAAUACAGUAUGAUGUAUGUUCAUAAGUAUUUAAAGAUUGCGCGCAAUUGCUCAGAAAAUCUUGUAUUUAAUAUCUGAGCCUUGUAUUUAAUAUCUGAUACUUCUUCGAUGAUCUCCAUGUAACCUCUGAAUUUAUAAGCGAUUGUCAACUCCCAAUUUAAUUGCUCUUUCCUUAGCUUUGAAACUAGAUGGCAAAUAGAAGGGUGGGUGAUUGUGUAUGUAUAUGACAUUAAUAUAGUUGACAUUAAUAUAGUACAAAGAUACAAAUAUACAUAUAGCAGGUACUGAAAGUAAAAACUGGGGAAACAUAAACGUAGCUUGAAAACUUUUGACCAGCAACUGUAUCAGUGUCGAGGUAGGUAACUAACAAAGUUGGUUUCGUUUGAGCAUGGCUAGUUCAAAGUGUUUGAGCUGAAAAUGGCAGUUACACAAUUUAACAAUUGAGAUGCCUAUUGUUUUCGAAAUGUUCAGAUUGUCUGUUAUAAUUAACAGAACGGUUGCGGGUGUGGCAUACAUGUACAUACUCUAAAUGGACUUUUUCGAGGACCUGGUAUUCAAGAGAUUUCUGGUUGACAAGGCAACUUGUAUAGAUUGGAUUUAUCUUGGAACAACGAAUAAGCAAGGGUAAUAACAUCCUUAUAUUUUUCUUACUUAAAAUAAUUUUUGAUGGACAAGAAGUGAACAAAGGGUAAGACUAGCAUAUUUUUCCUGUUAAAAGUUCAUUUUUACAGGUUCAGUAUACUGCUGUAACGAAAAACCAAAUGGGGAAUAUGGUGAGAGACCGAAAGUUUUAAUUCUUUAUCAGAGGGCCUCUGUGGUAUGGUUUUGAGGAUGUACUGGGUGCAUAACGUACAGGAACAGAGGAGGUAUUUAUUCUUAUUCACCUCCAUAUUUAAGCCCAGUCCACACGGUCGAGCUUUGGUCGACGAACUGUGUUCGAUGUGACGUCAGAAGCGGGAGAAGUCUGAACUUUUCCCGCUGUCUGCGCUUCUGGCGUACAAAACUCGCCCAUGUGAACGUGGCCUAGAUUUUAUAUCGGCUGCAUGAUUGCCACAAGGCUAAUUGCAACAAUCGCUGGAGCGUUUAAGUUUAGCUUCUUUCUAGGUAGUGAUGCUUCGGCUGUGCAAAGAACCAGGACAAUCCCAUUUUUGAAUAAAAUAUAUUUGGUCAUCCUAAUGUAUUUCGUAAGAGGAAGAAGAUUCUUUGAUGUGAACAUAAGUGCUUAAGCUUUGUUAAGGCUUGUUAUACUAAAUAGCACCGGAUUCCCAAACUGUUAUUUACAGUGAAGGUUUUAUGGUUUCAUACCUCUCAGUCAUGCCUUCACCUCCACCUGUCCAAAUUAGUGAAGAGUUUUUGCUUCCCUGGGCGAUUAGUGAGGGUGAAAAGAGCUACUUCUUUGGACAGUGCAAUAGACCUGCUUUUUCUCUAGUUAACAAAGUGAGUCUGGGAAUUAGGAUCCUGAGAAUAUAAGAUGUCUGAUCAUGAUGGUCUGAUUGACAAGUAUGCUUGGAGAAAAUGAUAACAGACAAAUUUGCAUCUGUGUCAAAGGUGAGGUACAAUGGGAAAGAGCGUCAUGACUGAAAAUGAAAGGCAUCUAUGCAGAAGGAGAAAUACAAAAUGGGGCAAAACGCUGGUGGUAUGCCACAAUUAUUAUUAAUUUUUUUCAUUACUUCCAUCAAGGUGAGCCUUUUUGGUUUUUCUGGGAGUAGCCUAAUUAUGUAAGAAGUUGGGUGCAUUUUCAUGAACAUUUCACCAUGCGUAGACUGUUAGACGUGCAUUAAGUGAUUCGAUUAUUGGUAAGAUUGGAAUGUAACUUCUGUUUGGGAAGUGUGGUAGCUGGACCUGCUUCUUUUCAUUAUGUUAAAAUAAGCUUUCAUCACUUUCCAAUCACUAUAGCAUUAGAAAUAUCAUUUGGA